UCGGUCGGGGUAAAAUGGGUAUACUGGGGUGAAACGGGUAUAAACAUUAUUUUAUAUUAUAAAACUUGAGUUAUUGAUGUUUUGGAUCAGAAAAAAAUACCAUAAAUGUAUAACAUCAUCUUAUAUGAUAUUAUACUGAAAGUGAGUUGGCUAAACUGCUGGUAGCUUCUUAAAAUGAAAAAAACAUAUGUUCACAGGAGUCAGUGUAACCAAGACAACCUAACUGAUGACAUUGUUAAAAGUUAACCUAAUCAAAUAGAAGUUUCAAAUUCAGAUCAUGCCACGCACAUACAUAAAGAAAAAAACCCAAAAAUAUGAUGAAGAUUCUUUGAAGGAAGCAGUAAAGGAAGUUGACAAUGGAAGCUCAGUAUAUGCUGCAGCAAGAUUAAAGUUAGCUAAUCCUGUACAAGAUUUACCCGGCCCAUCAAGUUCUGUAGCAGGCCUACCUGAAAUUUCUCCUUCACCAAUGAAGAAACUGAGAGAAGCAAUUUUAAGUACAUUGUCACCUGAACAGUCAUCAAGUAUAAAAGAUGCAUUGAAAAAUUCUAAGACAAAAAGGCGACGAGUUCAAGGAAGUUGUGGUGAAGUAAUGACAACAAAUGAAGUAAUGGACAGACUGAAAGAAGAAGAAGAUGCCAGAAAAGAGAAAAUAAAAAGUAAAACUAAUAGGCCUAAACCCAUUACAGCCUUAGGAAAAACAAUAAAACAAGAGCCUGGAUUGGUCCAAGCAAAGCCGCAAAAAAAACCUAGAGCUACUAAACGCUUAUUUGAUACGGCAGAAAGUGACGAUGAAAGCAGCCUACCUAAAAACGUAAAACCUACUGAACCCACUGUAGGAUCAUGGGUAGGUAUAAACUACCAAAGUGAAUGUGGCACGGUUGUGAAGGAGUACAGGGGACAAAUUACUGCACAAGAUCUUCGCAACAAGGAGCGAUAUUCCGUAAAGUUUUUGACAAAAUGCAAAGGUGAAGGAGAGCGUUACAUUUUUCCUGAUAAAGAAGACAUUGAGUGGGUUGAUUUAGGACAAAUUUCUAAUGUUUUUUCUGUACCAGAUUAUAAUGGAAGAUUUUUCAAGUUUGUGUGAAGUGCCCCUCUCAACGAACUGUUUCUAUGUUUUAAUUUUUUAAAUAAAUUACUUGUCUAACUGAUAUUUUUAGUAAUAAUAAAUUUUUUGUGACCAAAAUAUUUCAUUAGUUAUUUUUACUGUGCCUACUUUACACAAAUACUGGGGUAAAAUAAGUACAGCACUUGUAAUUAUUGUGUUUUACUAUGAAAACAUUACUAUACCCGUUUUCCCCCAAACCAUGGGGUAAAAUAGGUAUACUAUAAAAAAAAUAAUUACUUUUAUACUAAAUAGUUUAUUAACUUUUAUUACAUAUUAAACUAUUCUAAGAGGUCACAAUGAUAAGCUGGAACCUGUAAUUAUUUUGUAAUUAUUUCAAGAAACUUUUUAAAAGGCCUUAAAGUUAAAAAGAGCAUGUUUUUGUACCCAUUUUACCCCGACCGACCCUACCUCUGAUACCUGUUACAGUCUAUAUUUGCUGCUAAGUUUGAUGGUUUAAAUUGUGAGUAGGUCUGUAAUUUAGCUUAUUUUUACCUCAUUUGUUUUCAUAGAGAUUGUUCGUAAGAAUACUAUCACAGUGUGAGGGCAAAU